AGUAGAACAAUGGUUGCAGAGGAAGUGAUAAUUACAUUGUCCGGUGGAGCGCCAUGGGGGUUUCGUCUCCAGGGAGGCGUGGAACAUCAGAAACCACUCCAGGUAGCUAAGGUGCGUAAAAGAAGCAAAGCAUGCAGGGCUGGGCUGCGGGAGGCUGAUGAGCUGGUGUCCAUCAACGAGCAGCCAUGUGCAGCACUCUCCCAUGCCCAGGCCAUGAACCUCAUAGACAGCUCCCCUGGGAUGUUACACAUCAGGGUCAGAAGGGCACCUGCUGCUUUUCAGUCUGUGGUGCUUGUGACUCGAGCCCCAUCACCCCGAAUAGACAAAGAGUACCGGGCUGCUCUGCGAGCUAUGUCACCAAACCACUCUCACCAUGCACCUGUCCGGGAGGUCCACCGUAGCCGCUCCACCCUAACCAGCGGCUUGACAUCUCCACCUGGGAGUGAGGCUUACUAUGGCGAGACUGACAGUGAUGCAGACGUGGCGGGUUACGAGAGACAGCGCAGGCAGAAACGCCGAAGCCCCAGCAACUCCAAUCCUGGGAAACCCACAGGACGAACUUCUCCUGAAGGUGGGGAGACAUCAGAGAUGAGUGGCUAUGACAGUGCUCCAGAUGCACAUGUUUACCCCCGUUUGUUGGAUGGCCAUGGUGGAGAAGGAAAUGGAGGAGGAGGGCUGCCAGGGGUGGCCAGAAGGGAAGUGAUUUACCAACCUUCUGGUUCAGGAAUGUGGUCCUCCCAGACAUCAACAGAGACUUCCUCCAUCAUAUCCUCAGCAGAUGACCAGGGGCCACGGGAUGCAGGGCAAGAGGAGGAUAGUGGCUUUCUAGAGCCUGCCAAUGUGCCACUGGUAUCUCCUGAGAGGGCAAAGGAGGCACUGAUGCUUGGGUCCCGUGACAAGCUUGUGCCCAUGGUGGGUCCUGUGAAUAAACCCAUUGAUGAUGAGCUUACAACAACCUACAUGGAAAAGGCCAAGCAAGCCAAACUGAACAGAGGGGAUACGCUGCAAGACAAGCAAGUAAAGGAAGCUAAAAGCAAGUGUCGAACAAUUGCCUCUCUACUGACAGAUGCUCCUAACCCUCACUCAAAAGGGGUGCUAAUGUUCAAGAAGAGAAGGCAGCGGUCCAAGAAGUACACCCUCACUAGCUUUGGUAGUGUUGAUGAGGACAGGUGUCAGGACUCACAGGAGGAGGAGGAUGGGGUACUUCCUGGCAGUGAAUCUGAGAUUGAUGAGGAUGGCUUUUCAUCACUUCCUGACCCAACUUGGGACAGUGACUAUCUGGAUAUGCUGGAAAAGAGGGCAACAGCAGGCAUUGAAGGUCGUGGGGAUGGAGCAGAGGAUGCUCCGAGUCCAGGAUUGAGUGACACUGCGGGCAAGGGUGCCCAGUUGUUUGAGCAGCAGAGAAAAAGGGUUGCCGAGCAUGCCAAGAAAGCAGAGGCAGCAAAACCUCAGGUACCUCCACAAUCCCAAGUCCAUGAGGAGUCUCAGAUACCCCAGAUGUAUCAGUCACAACAAGAAAUACAACAAGUGCAAACAAACUUACAGGCUCAGCAUAUAAUGCCGCCUGGACUGACAUGCACACAACCAAUGCUAUCUCCAGGUCCAAUUGUUGUUGCAGCCCAUGGAAUGGCUAAUGGGGACCUAUCCUGCUCUGCAGUUAGCACAGCUAACAUGGAGGCAUCACUUCCACCUGUGACACCCAAACCAGCCACAGUCUCAGUGACCGUUCUGACCAGUCUUGCUCAACCAGCCGAAACACCAUUACCAGAACUACCUGUGAGUAGUGUCCUCAACAGGACUGCACGUCCUUUUACCCCUGGCUUCAUCAGCAUUCGAGCUGCAACUGCUCCUGUAACGUUCCGGCCACCUGUCACAAAGACAGCCCAGCGUCCUGUCUCAGUAGCUGUUGUGCCACCACCAUUUUCCACCGCAUCUGAACUAGAUGUUAGUACUACAGCAGGAACUUCACAUCUACUGCCUGGUCCUUCAUCAGUGCUCUCCCCACAAUCCUCUAUACCUCAAGGUUCCUUGGCCCUGACACCAGAGGCUCCUGUUACCUAUAACCCUCCAUCCCUUUCUACCUGUGUACAAACAAUGCAGUCAAUGCCAACAAUAACAACUGUUCAUCAGAAUUCAUUUCCAACUGUGACUUCAGUGCCUGUUCCAUCAAUACCACCAGCACCACAAGUGCCAGCGGUUCCAGCCCCUGGUCCUCCUGCAUCCCAAAUUCCUGUCUCAGUUGACCAAGUUAUCCCAGUGUCUCCACUUCAAACACCAGUUGCUCAGCCACCACUACAAUCUUCCAUGGCACCUUUAGCUCAGGUGUCAGUGGUCUCCCAGUCUGAAACUGUAGCUCCAACCCCUGUUCCUGUUUCAACAAAUCGCACAGGAAUCUUGCUUGAGUCUCGAAGGCGUAGUGGCAAACCCAAACCUAUGUUCAAUGUGCCAGAUGUUAAAAAGAACUCCCCCAAUCCUGAAUUGUUGUCUAUGGUGCAGAACCUGGAUGACAGAUACAGCCGAUACAAAUAUGGCCAACCACCCAUUGAGAAUAUAUAUGAUGAUGCUGAGGAAGAAAGGGGUGAUGACAUUGGCAUAGGAAAGGUGCCUCCCCCAGUGGCACCCAAACCCCGGGUUGUCCAUGAAGUGCCACAGAUUCUUCAAGCAGGAGGUAAAGGGGCCCAACUGUUUGCCAAAAGGCAGAGCCGCAUGGGUAGGUAUGUAGUGGAUGCUCCACCUGAGGCUCCUUACCAGAGGGAAGGGGCAAUGCACAGUGCAGUGCAACCCCUUGGUUCCUCCCUCAAUCCUUCUCAAUGGAAAUAUUCCCCUAAUGUCCGUGCACCUCCGCCCAUUGGGUACAACCCUCUCUUGGCCCCAUCUAUCCCUACUGGGCCUCAGAGAGAUAUAAACAAGCCAGACAACAGGGGUAGGGGAAGCUCUCCAAGAGAGGGCAUCAAAGCACUGGAUUUCAUGAGAAGGCAGCCAUAUCAGCUCAACUCUGCCAUGUUCAACUAUGGGGGCAGCGCUGCUAAUCUAUCAGCCAUGCCUUCUUACCAGGCCCAACAGCGUGAUUACACAACAGCAAUGGUGGGAAGCUCCUUGACCUCACCAAGGCAGAUCCCCCUCAAAACAGCCCGCGUUUAUGAGAUCAAACGAUUUUCCACACCUACACCUAUGUCAGGUCCGUCUCUGGCUCCCAAAGUCAUUGCACCUCGCUCGGCCACUUCACUUGGAGAACGUUUGACUCAUUCCAGCAUGACCUCCCCACCUCCUGAGACUUUUACUCCAACUCCAGCCCCUGUCUUGACAACAACACCAGACAGUGCACCAAUCCCAGCUUCACUUCUGUCCCAACCAGCUGGACCACCUAGUCUUCCAAAAUUUUCUGCCACCCCUAUUCCAAACCCAGUGCCCCCUGCAGUACCUACACCUUAUGCUCCAGUGUCAUAUACCACUGGGCUCCAGUCAGCCAAACAGUUCCAGAGCGCUCCUGAGCUCAGCAUCCUUGCCUCUCUGCCCCCACUCAAGUCCAACCCAAUACAGGCACCCAAGCCACGCUUUGUGGCCACCAAGGGAGGUGUCCAGCCCCGUGUUUGGAGGCCAGGGGCAAUCUGAACAGCAAUGAAGCAGUCAAUACCAUGCUGGGACAUCUUCAUCUUCAUGAAAUGACUAGUCAAUUAUGGACAGAAAUAAUUUCUGUCAAUUGCAUUAAUUGAUUUAUAGUAAGAAAAAUACAGAGUUUAAAGAUGUUGUUUUAUGCUUUGAAAAACUUUGAUGGGCAAAGACCCAGACUCAGCUGCAAAAAUUAGCUAAUGAAGUAACAUAAAAUCACAAUUCAGUAUCAAAUUGAAAUCCCAAAACAAGUGAGAUAAAUUUGAAGAGGACAAUAGAUAAACAUAAACACUUUUUUGCUGCUCAAAAUGCUGCUUAUCACAUUUAUUUUGCUGCUAAAAGAUUUAAUGAGUGACACUAGUUAUAGGCUAGAACCAUAUACUGUAUACUGUAUAGCUCACCAUAUGCCUGUCCUGGAGGAGGUUUGUGUAAGGCUUCUGGAGAUCUCUUCUACUAAUUUAGCAGAUAACCCAUCUAAACAGAGCCUGUACUGAAUUAUUCUUUGAAACUUGAAAUGUCUGAAAAAUGAAUAGCUGCCAUUUUGUAUUGGCUCAAAACACUGAACAUGUACGUUGUGUGUUGAUUGGAGGAGGUUAUAACGUGUAAUUUACAGUACUCAUCCUACACUGUAAUGUACACAGAAUUUUCUUUUACCCACUAAAAAAACAAAAACAUGGUGACCUACUCUUUUUAUCUGGGUGUUUAAAUGAUGCAUGACUGUUUGAAAAUUGCAGAAUGUUUUAAACACCUCAGCUCACUGGGGAUCUAUAAGUGAAGACAAAGUUUGCUCAUGCAAUGUGUUAGAGUCAAAUAUCUAUGCUCACUAUAACUAGAGACAAAUGCUAUCUUUUUAGCCCAGGCCACAUACAACAAGUGCCUGGGCUGUCACUAAAUGAACACUUGUCACUGGAUAUCACUGCUUCUAUUUGCCACCUAAGCACACCAGAGCCUCCUUAGCAUCAGUGUGAACUUUGCAGAUAUGUGUAAAUUCAUAACUUUUAUUAAACAAAUAACACAGAUGAAGAUUUUAUUUUGUAAAGUUUUGAUCUAUUCUGAGGGCAUGAAGGGGGAAGUAGAUAGACAGACAGAGAAACACUGGCAUUUGUGAAAGGGUUCAAGGAAAGAGAGUGGCUGUGGAAGGAGGAUAUUUAGGAAAAAUAGAGUCACAGUUCUAUUGCUGCCCAUUUCUCAGAAAGGGUUAAAAUCAAAGACUUCUGUUAGUUAGUUUGAUAUCCCACAGCCUCUAGAAAUUAAAGUAAAAUGACCAGGGAAGUUUGAGCCAUGAAGUUUGUUGGACAGACGCACAGAGGUUUAGCUGGUGUGUUUUAAAUAACAAUGACUGCUGUUAAAAAGUAAAGACAAAUGUGUUUAAUGGAUAUGUAUUUUCAAAGACUGGAUGUUACUGGAAGAAGUAAGAAACACAGAAAGACAAUUGUGUUAAUUUGUGGUAUUCUUGAAAGAUAUUUUUCUUAUUUUUUAUCCUUUUUAAAAUACAGUUUCUCUUAAAGCUUGUUCUUGUUUUCAUUAUGUUAUAGCUGCAGAAAAAUAGAUCUUGGAUAUAGAUAAGCUGAGGUGUACACUGUGAUAUAUAAGUUUCUGAAAGUAUAUGGAUUAAAUAAUGGGUGUGAUAAAUGUUUGUUAUUAAGUAGAAGUUUAUACUGACAGAUGACAAGGUAUUUUUAGAGGAAUAAAAUUA